AUGCAGACAAAAAGUCAUAUAUUUGUCCUGUCACUUAUUCUGCCUCUGGUGCAUGCACAGUUUGGCACCUUUUUUGACCAAAUGUUCGGCGGUCAUCACCAACAGCCACAGCAGCAGCAAAGACCAUCUGGUACCUCUCAAUGGGCUGCUCAUUCUGACUCCAUGCAAUGUUCACAGUACCUUUGCACCGACACCUUGGCCUGCGUAUCGCAACCAUCUGAAUGUCCUUGUCCUAGUGUUGAAGACGUUAAAUGUAUGGUUCCAGACACCCAGGAUAAAGAUGCUGCUACGGUUGUCUGUGUUCGGGGAGAAACCGAAUGUUCUGUCGUUGAACGCUUAAUGCGUAGCUACUCGAAGUAG